UUUCUUUUUUUCUAGGUGGGGUUAUACCCUUGACCUAAUUGGCGUCUUAAACGGGGGGCUGAGCAUUGAACUAAACAAGCAGACAAGCCAUUGACCAGGUGAGCUGACGUCUUCCCUCAAGGGAAAGGGUGUAGGGGUUAGGAAGGGACACCCGCCCGGAAAGUCUUUAAUGCCUGUGAGUUGGCAGGGCUGGUACCUAACUUGUACCCAUACUAUCCGUACUGCCGUACUGCCAUUAGGAUCCAAGCAGUUUUGGAAACUGCGCCACGCAACGCUUGCAGUGAAUUUGACCAGUCAGUCCUACCCAGAUCGACCCUCCAACUGCGUAAUAAAUACAACCGUCUUGCGCUUACUUGAUUCCCUGAAGUUCGUUCGUACUACAUCUUUAUUUAUUUUGCCUACGCCGUUGUCGGGUUGGGGAUUUUCAUCUUCCUUACUCGUUCAUCCUAAUCGUUUAUUGACGAUAAAACAAACCUACUCUCGUUUCGAUCAACAGUUUUGCAUUCGUUACGAGAAUAUUCAUAUACAAACACCAUAUUAUUAUCUACGUCGCGCUUUCGGGCACUGGUAAAAAACCAUGGGUGUCGGUAGAUACUUUUGCGUGGCUCUGCCAUUCAUAUUAACAGUCGGCAGCAUCAUAUGUAUGCUGAUUGCCGGUCUUACCGGAGUUGCCAACAACAACCUUUACCUAUUCCAAGUCGAUACUAGAAACGUUAGCGUCGACGCCGCUACCCUUCAGAGCUUAAUCGGCAACCUUACCAACGCCGAAAGUAUCACCGACGGCAUCCAAAAUGCCGUCAACAACGGCGAAGACAACGUGAACGACGCAGUUAACAACGCCAAGAAUGACAUCAGCUCUCGUUCGCCGCAAGAUGUCUCUAGCAUUAUUAACGGAAUUACCGGCUCCGGCUCUGGCGACAACAUCACCGCCGCCGAACUUGGAAUCGACAAGCUUUACGACGUUACCCUAUGGAACUACUGCAGCAUCCCCGCCAACGGUACCAACAAGAACUGCACCAAGGCGCGAUUCAACUGGGCUGAGCAGGAUUUCAACACGGACUACAUUGACAACUUCGGCAAGGAGCUCGGUGCAAACAUCACCAUCCCUCAGGAUAUUAAGGAUGCCCUAAACACUUUCAAGCCUCUUAUGAAGUGGACUGAAGUUGUCUACAUCAUUGCUAUGGUCGGUCUCGGUCUUGAGCUUAUCGUCGGUCUCUUCACCGCCUGCUCUCGUCUAGUUUCAUGCCUUACCUGGGUUAUUUCCGGCAUUGCUACCCUCGCCGUCAUCGCCGCGGCGGCUAUGAUGACUGCCAUGUCUCUCGUAGUAGUCGGUGCGGUCAAGGCCGCCACUUCGAAGUACGGCGGAGACGCUAGCUGGAACGGUAACUUCUUGGCUUGCAUCUGGAUUGGUGUCGCCUUCGCCCUUGGUGCCAGUUUGUUCUGGCUUUUCUCUGUCUGCUGCUGCAAGCCUGAGCACCGCCCGUACAACCGACGAUCGCGUGGUCGUGGUGACGAAUCCGAGAAGUUCCUACCCACUGGUUCGUACGCCCCGCUCGGUGACCCGCAGCACAACUCGGGUUACAACAACAACUACGGUGUCCCGCAGCGUGGUGGUGCCCGAUCGGACAUGGCCUACGAGCCUUAUUCCCACGCUCGUUAAACAACGAACGUGUUAUCCAUUUACGAAAAUACAAACACGUGGUUAGUGCACGCAAGGAGGCUGGUUGGUUGCAGGACUGUGCAUUUUGCAUUAAACCGGCGUUUUAGGCUUGGGUAUGACAAGA